CGCGAAGAAGACAGAACGAAAUCGUGUUGAAAUGCAAGAACAGAAGAAAGCGCGUCGUAUAUCACGCGUUAUUUGGCGCUAUGUACGCUUUGGAAGUCGUUCGUGACAGUGACAGGCAUGCCGUGUCGAGACCUUAUUAGUCCAUAAGAUUGCGAUUAUGGACCCGGUCGACCCGGGCAGAGGACGCUCCUUAGGUGAGCCGCAGAGCUGUAUCCCAAGCCAAAUUGAAGUCUACAAGUUGGGACUGGUACUGUGCUCGGCCUGCUCCAUUUCCGCCACAAAACGCGCCCAUGUCGUUUCAUCCAUUCCAUAGCUCUCUCGCUCAGAAUCUGGAAAUGAACGGUCCUUGACUGCCGCAGCAUAAUUUUGUACUCCCUGUUCCCUGGGCGAUUUCAAGUCGGCGAAUCUCCGAACGAACUUGGCCUUGUGUCCAAGCCAAGUCCCCAUCGCAUCGUCCCAAACCAGGACCUG